AUGCCUCCCACCAUGCUCGCGCCGGUGCCCACCAGGCCGCGCUCCAACCCCUUCCGCCGGCGCAGAGGAGCUGCUCCACUGCUCCUCCAUCAGACUGCGGCGGCUGCGGCGAAGCGGCCCGCUGAGUCGUCCACCUCAGCCUCCUCCUGCUUCUACAGCGAGGUGAUCUCCAACUCCUCCACAUCCCUCGCCGCGUAUCAGCACCCGGAGAAGAGGCAUCGGCGCCAGGACGCGGACGCGGACGAGGCGCGGCCAGCUGGCUCCGAGUGCUCGGAGGUGAUCGGCGGCGCGAGGGUGCGCCCCGCCGAGGUCGAGGCCUCUGAGUCGUCGUGCCUUGGCUCCGUGCUCGAGUCCGACCUCGCCUGCCCGGAGCAGCUCGCCGACGACGCUGAGGCGACCGACUACUCCUCCGCGUACGAUGAGCUGACCCCGUCGGAGCCCGAUGAUGAGGAGGUGCUCAGCGGUCCCAGCCACUCCGCGUUGUACUCCCUCAGCCCCCUGAUCAGCUCCCCAUUGACCGAAGAUGACAACGACGACGCGCCCUCCGCGACCUUCUCCCUCUUCCUCGACUUCGCCAAGCAGUUCGUCCCCUGCGUGCACCCAAAAGCGUGUGCCGUCACCAGUACCGCUCUCGAUCUCCUGACGGGGAGGCGAUUUGAGGACUUGGACGACGAGGAGAGCUACGAGCGGUUCCGGCGGCGCGAGCGGCGCGAGGCUGUUGCGCGCGACUACACUGAGGUGUACAGCUCCAUACCCGACAGCUACGGCAUUCUCGUCCGGGAGCAACGUGUCGUCAUGGUGAACUGGAUCAUUGAGCAUUCACGUCUGAUGAACCUCCAGCCAGUUACAAUGUUUAUGGGGAUUGGAUUGAUGGACCGCUUCUUGACACAAGGGUAUAUGAAGGGUUUGAGCAACUUUCAGUUGCUGGGCAUUGCCUGCAUCACCCUGGCUACCCGCAUUGAAGAGAACCAGCCAUACAAUUGCGUCCUUCAAAAGACUUUUAAAGUUGGGAUCAAUACCUACAGCCAGAGUGAGGUUGUUGCCAUGGAGUGGCUGGUUCAGGAGGUCCUCAACUUCAAGUGUUUUGUCACAACAACUCACCAUUUCCUAUGGUUCUAUCUGAAGGCUGCAAAUGCUGAUGACAGGGUAGCGGACCUGGCAAACUACCUGGCCUUCCUCUCACUUCGGAACCAUAAGCAGCUCUCAUUCUGGCCCUCGACUGUGGCAGCCGCAGUGGUAGCCCUUGCUUGCCUUGCCACAGGCAAGGAGUCCUCAUGCCAUUUGGUGAUGGAGACUCACAUGAGGACGCAGGACGAUGACCUGCCAGAAUGCCUAAUGCUUUCUGAUUCGGAGCACGACAAAGGACGAGAUUUUUGGUCUUGA